UUAAAACCGAACGAAAUCAGUUACUGAGUCCACUGGCGAGAAAAACGCGUCACAGUUUACAAAAAUAGUUUCAGCUAUUUCGGACUGGCACUUUGAAAAUGUCUGCCGAACUGAAAAUUAGGAAUCGCGAAAAUAUCUAGGAAUCUUAACAAAAAGAAAAAAUAGUGGCAGUGAGUGAUUUUUUUUUGGUAUUUUUGGUGGAAUUAGUGAUUGUUUUUAAACGCCAUUUUCAACAUCGGAAUUUUUAAGAAUUUCUUAAAGAGCUAUGCCAGCAGGUAAAGAAAGUGAUAAUGAUACUGGUACAGUGAAACGAACAACUUUUAGACCACCAUGGGUUAAGGAAGGUCCAUCGCCGUUGCCGACGCCAACAGCUCCAUGGACACUUAAAACCCCUCCUAGAAGAGAUAGUAAUACAAGCACAGAUGGAUCAGAAAAACAAGAUUAUAAUCCCUUGGCUGAGGUUCAGUUGAAACCGACCAAAAUAAACAAAAAACCCCCAACGACAGAGGAAAACGGCGAAGAAGGUGUAAGAAAACACAAACUUUUAGCUGGUGUUCAAUUAAAAAAAGUGAAAAAAAACGAACCGAAAGAGCCGCAAGAAAAUGGCGCUAAAGAAAGUUUUUUCCAAAAACCCGCUCUUAAACCGGUACCACAAAGAGAAAAAUCGCCACCCAAAAAGGAUUACAAAUUACAUAAUCUACCAACUUUACAAAAAGCUUCGGAAAGGGUAUUGAAAAGUCCACCGAGAAAGCCUUCUUUGGCCAGGAGUGAUACGUUAACUUCGGACGAAGAAGGAGAAGCCGAAAUUGAUAAAGAGGUUCCUAAAAAACGAAACGCUCUGGUUCGAGAGGCGUCUAUGAGAAAACUUUCACAAUCGAAUAUCCCGGCACCGCCUCCGUUACAACCAGGUAUGCCACCGCCUCCGCCUAUGAUGCCGGGUGAGGUACCCAAGAAGCCGUUAACGGAGAAGCAAAAAUCUAAAUUAAAUAAAUUGAGAUCCCGUGCUAAAAAUAGACCGGAUUGGAACAAUCUUUUACAAGAAAUUGAGUCGAAGAAAACUCUAAAACACGUGGUAUGUAAUGACAGAUCCAAUCCACUAUUACCUGAAGCGAAAAGGGCCGACGAACAUUUGAUAUAUAAAAGUGAAGAACCCAAUGUCCAUAAUGAAUUACUCAAACAGAUCGAGAAAGGAAUAUGUCUCAAAAAAGUUAAGACGAAUGACAGAAGUAAACCAUGUCUUGAUGGCCUGAGAAAAUUCAGAAGGCAGAUGACGAUUGAGGAACAAAUUCAAAAAUCCAUGUCGAUGGCUAGUAUACAUCCAGAUGAAAUAGCAACAGAUGAAAUAGACGAAAUGGAUGACAUUGACAAAGUUAGAGAUGAUCUUCAGAGCACAAAACAAAUGCUGGCGUUGGAAUUGAGAAAUAAAGAAGCACAGGAAAGGGAAAAUAAGAGGUUGUUGGCUAGAAUUAUGAAUUUACAAGCUGAAUUAGAAAAGGAGAUUAGUAAAAAUGCAACUAGUGGCAAUACAGCUUCAAGCGGCGCUGCGGAUGAAAAGGUGAUACAAGGUUUAAAAAAAGAAGUAGAAGAAGCGAGAAAAACUUCACAAGAUUUGGAAGCUAAAUAUACGCAAACAGCUGAAGAGCUAGAUACAACGAAAGCUAAAAUGGAAGAAUUGAAACGACAGAAUCAAAUGUUAGAAAGAAAAUUACAAGACGCCAUGAUGGGAGAUAAGAAUAGCUGUACGACUAUAGGAUUUUGGUUUGAGUCCGAUGAUGAUUAUUGGAAUAUAGGUAAAGGUAUUUCGCCAUCUGAUCGUAAGCAAAGUGCUACCGGAGAAGGAAGCGACGAUGAAUUCGAAGACGAAGAACCGGAAGAAGAAAGCGACGGAGAAGACACAGAAGAAAAGAGAGAAAAGAGGUUGGCUAAAGAAGUGAAGGUGUUGAGAAAAAAAUUACAGAGUUUGAAGACUAAAGAAGACAACGCCAAAAAAGAACGAAUAGCUCUGAGGGAGAUAAUAAAGAAACACCACGCGGAAAUGAAGGAAGAAAAGAAGAAAUAUAAACAAUUGAAAAAAGAAGUCGACAAAAUGGCUGCGUUGAUGAAAGAUACCGACGACGACGAGGAAGUCGAAGAAGAGGAAGAAAAAGAAGUAGAAGAAGAAGAAUCCGAGGAGGAAGAAGAAAGUACCGAAGAAGAAGAAUCGGAAAGUGAUAGCGACGAUACUGAUUCGGAAAAAAGUCAAAGCGAAGACGAAGACGCUCCGGCGGAUAAAAAGAAAACGAAUUUAACAGCUAGAACUAAACGACAUGAAAACAUAUUGAACGCACUCAAAAAAGGAAACUUUUUACUAAAAACGAAUGCCGAACGGUUACAAGACGAUUUGAACAAACAGAAGGACAUGACGGCCGGUUUACAAGAAGACUUAGAUUCAGUUUUAUCCGAAUUGGGAUAGAAUUUUGUAAAUUAUUAUAAAUGUAUGUUAAUAUUAUGUAUAUACUUGUUAAGUGUACGGCUCAAGGUUGAUUUUUUUUGGUUGAAAUACAGAGUUUUUCAUUCAUUAUUUCAAUAUCUGAAUUUUUUUUCCGGUUAGUUUUGGUUCGUUGGACCAAUUCAUUAUAAAUGUUUUGGUGUGUCACUGGGUUUGAUAAACGAUUUGAAAUUAUACGAGGACAGAAAGUUCUUUGACAUUUUUUUUAUCCUGCUAAGAGUGCCACGGAAAAUUCUCCACUUGGAUAUUUGGUAGUAUUCAUUUUAUAUUGAAAUAUUUUGUUUUUUGUACCAAGGAACCAUAUUACAAAGGUUGUUGCAGGCCAUUCAAGAUAUCUUCUCCCAAUCCAUUUUCUGGGAAUUCGUUAUUUAAGAUAAUUACCUCAUAGCUCUGUGAUAUGAAGGAUCUUAUUGGAAACAGAGCUCAUCUUUUGAAAACCCAUUUUCGAUCAUAUCUUUGAGAGCAGUGUCUUCUUAUAAUUAUAGUAAUCGUCCACUAGAUGUUAACUUGCAGUCAACUAAGAACGACCCAUAGAGGAAAGUUCCAAGGGGCCAAGCUUGGCCCAGGCUUGGCCCAACUAUGUAGAACUCUGGGCCAAGCUUGUAAACCAGGCUUAGUCCAGUCUUUUGUAAAGUCUGAGUAAUAACGAUGGGCCAAGCUUGGUCGCCAAGACUGGGACAUGUUUAAAUGCAAGGGCUGGGCCAAUCUUAACUGCCAGAACUGAGCUAAGGUUAACUGCCAAUGCUAAUGCACGUUCAAAAACUUUGAACUCGAAGAAAAGCAUCAGACAUGGUUACUUUUAGUAGUAAUAAAUAAUAAAAAAUGUGAUAAGAAACACACACUGAAUAAACUAGAUAUCGGAUUGACCAGAUCCAUAAAAAACAAAAGUUUGGCUGCCGACGGGGUGUUGGGCGAACAUACUUGAACCACGCCGUAAGUGACCGAACAGCCGAAGCUUGGGUCCCCAAUGAAUGUGGCUGGAAUAUCCAGGCUUGGCCCAAGCUUCGGUAAUCAUUGGUAUGGCCGACGCUUAGUUAAGUAGCCUGGCCCACGCAUGGGCCAAUAAAGGUACGCCGAAGCUAGGCUUCCCAGGACUGGCUGAAGCUUGGCACCUUUGUGAACUCUGGGGUUUCCUGUACGGCGAGGAAACUUUGCCUGGAUAAUCAGCUUCCUUGGUAGCAUCCCUCUUUCACAGAACUAAAGAAUCGUCGUUGACUUGUAAAGAAAGCUUUGGUUCAAAUCCUACAAUUUUUCUCCUAAUGUUGAAUAUAAACUUGACAGUAUUUGUGUUUAGUCUAAGUCACUUUUUAGCACGUCUGCAGCUAUAUGACUGGACCAAUUCCUGUUUAUUCCUGAAUCAGCAGCUAAGAGAUUUUUCUAAGGCAAAUUCUGAUCCUGCAAUUAUGUAGUUAAGAGUGGUAUUAUAAGUCACAUUUUCUGGUGAAGAAAUAAACAAACAACCACAGAAUUACGGGGUUUUAUCUUGUAGAUCCUAGUCGUGUUUUUAUAGUACGAUAAAACAGGCUUCAGUUCAGGCUAAAACCUCUUCAUCGGUGCGAAAUUUCUGUCUAGCGAGCAACCUCUUGAGGUGCGAGUACAAGAAAAAGUAGCAGGGGACUAGAUCUGGAGAAAAUGGUGGAUGCGGAAGCAACUCGAAGCUUAAUCCAUGUAAAUUUGUUAUUUUGCAUAGUUUUUUUGCUUCAGAUCGGGCAGUUUUUCGCGAAUUCUUACUUGAAGGUUCUAAACACGCCGCGUAAUUGUUUGAGGUUUUUUCUUUUUUAAUAUUGUCUAUGUCAUAAGUUUGCAAGUCGACUUUUGAGUCAUCCCGCGGUUUAUAGACGGUUCAUUACGUGCAGUCCACUCAGUUUAAUAUCCAUUUAACUGACAAAUUUCGAUUUAUUUUGAUCGAUAAGCUCUAAAUUGGUUGUGUUUGUGAGCUCUUGCGGUAUCUACUUCGAACAGCGCUUCUUCUUACCCAUCUAUUAAUUCAUGAUAUGUCUAACAAGUUCCUUUGAGGUCUUUAGAGUCUCAGCUAUCUCAAACAGCUUAACUUUGAAGCUAAUUUUUGUCGUUAAAAGCUUAUUUGGAGCGUCCUCUUCGCUCAGCUCGUUUCGUUUAAAUUAAUUCUUAGCUUUUGAUUUUCCUGGUGCAGAAUUUUUCGAAAAUCUCGUGUAGAUUUCUAAUAUUCCAGUGAUUUAUCAUAUUUUAUAAAAAAUUGAAAUGAAUAUUAACUCUGUAUUAAUAGCUAACGCGAUAUUUGAAACUGAAGCAUAUAAUGCACAAAAAACGCUUUUUUACGGAUUUCACAAUUAUUUAUACUACUUACAAUUACAAUAAUUGCUUGAAUCGCCAAGCUCGGUGUUUUUUUAAAGUCUAGGAUAAAAUAUUUUUGAAAAUUGAGUGACGAGGAGUAAAAUGUGAAUACAAAUUCCAACAUAAAAGUUGGGAAAACAAGUUUUUAGAGCUAAAACCUUCAAAAAAAUAUGAGUAACAUUUUUUUUACCAAUUUCACGAUGAAAAGUCGCUGGAGGACAGAUCUGGAGAAUACAGUGGAUGCCAAAGAAAUUUCAUGUCUAAUUUAUGCGAUUGCUUUAAUUGAUUAGUGACACUGCAGUGACACAUCUUGAUGAAACAGCAUUUCUUUGCUUUUCAUCUAUAAUAAAUACAUCUCAGUAUAGGCAAGCUUUUACUUUUAAAACUUAUAUUUCAUAAAAUGAUAGUCAGAAAAUGUAGAUUCUUCCUCAACAUUCUAAGGUAAUAUAGAAGAUUUAUUUAACUGUCUCCUAUAAAAAAAUUUACGUAUUUUUCCUAUUUUUCGAUAAACCAAGUGUCUUGAAUGUUUCUUUGGCUGUCGUCGACAAUAACUAUUGCCAUCUGACGUUUCUUCGAUUCCUACGACUGACAUCUUCAAUUGCCGAGUCAGAAACUCGUUGGGUUUAUUUAAUUGGAAGGAAUAAAGAAAUUUCCAUGUGGAAUAUGAUUUACUUAAGGAUUGGCACUGAUAUACAUGGAUACCGAUUUGACAAGAUACAGAACGAGCUCAACAGCUCAGACCACGCGGUGCUCCAACACCUACUAGGCUUUCUCAUACAUUCCUCGAUAUCGGAAAUUUGCGGUUUCCUUCUCAAGCUUGGGAAAUACUCUACUAAAGCAGAAUCUUACCGCCUAAAAUCGCUUAUCAGCGUCGAGAAUAAAGUCUUUGAAAGUUUGAUCAAAGAACUUGUGUAUUGAGCAUUAUACGAUUCGAAAUUUUCCAUUCGGACUCAAGUUCGAACUCCCAAGCACUAUCUUUACCUAAACACUGUGCUACCGUCAAUUUUAUGGAUAUCCAGAGAGCUUUCGAUGAGGUCUGGCUCUUGAAUUGUUAGUGACCUUUCCAGUCAAAAUCGGUAAUUCAUAUUCAAGCUCCUCGAUACCUCUUAGAAACGGUCUAAUCUCCUGAAUUCGUUCUCAAAUUCGUAUCUGAAAUGGAGAAUGAUUCUCGAAAUUAUCAAAAAACAAAAGCCAUUAUCCUCAUCAACUACUACCAUGUGGUUUUCGCUUAUUCUUUGUGAAGAACGUCAGAAGCUCUGCGGAGAAGUCGUUUAUUUAGGAAUACGAAUACAGGAAGGACUCAAUCAACUAUUUAUUAUGUCAAAAUCGUAAAUUGAGAUGCUUUUUUAUUAACAUCCUGUAUCUAUGGUUGAUUAACAGCUUUUUUUCCAACUUUUUGUUUGAAUUGAAAAAAAAUCUAAUCAACAUUUUACGUUUUACUUCUCGUUUUUUUUUUUCUAUAAUCACAUUGUACUUUAUAUCUGACGUUUUUUUGAAUAAUUAUAAAAUCAUCAGAA